GUCCUCCUCCCGCUCAUCAUCGGGAGGAUCCGUAGUUACCUUGGCUGAAAAAUUGUAUUUUAGGCUAGGUAGACUGUUGCACACUCUGUCACACACAACCAUUGCCCUUCGAGUUGCUGAUUCCGCGACCGCAGAUCAUACCAUACACAUCUAGGCCAAGGGGGCUGCGUGCACACAGCCCGUGAGGUGCACACAGCGCCACGUGACUCCAUAUCCUCUCCGGCAAACCAUGCGGUGCUCGCCCGCGACAGGAGCCAUCUGGUUGGCCCUCGGUAGGGGGGCCUCGGCGCUGGCCCUGGCUCCAGAGGCGGGUGCCAGCCCACAGCCAGUGUCCCAGCGAGAACACUCCCUCUCGGUGCUCAGGGACCUCGUCGCACCCUCCGCGGCGGCUCUGCUCCCCGGGCGGCACGCAUUCGAGGCGCAGCUCGACCAGGACCUGAAGUCUUUGGCGGCUCCUGUGCCGCCGCCCGAGUUGCCGACUCAGCCAACACAGACCCAGCCACCGCAGCCGGGUGCCGGGGAAGAGCAUCUGGUCGAAUGGGGGGAUUACGGGCCGGCUGAUGAUUUCUGCGCGGGCAGGCCGAUCUAUGACGGGCCCGCCAGGAGUUGGGACGACUGCCGCGACAAGUGCCGGACCCCAUGCAAGUUCUGGAGCUACGAGCCGGGGUCCGUGCAUCACCGGUGCAAGCUCACCAUCAAGUGCGUGGAUGUCGUCGCGGGGGCGUUCUCCGGGGUGGGUCAGGACGCCGCGGAGGAAGUGGAGGACCAGGCUGCUCUGGACAGAGUGCGGGCCUCGUCCACACCAGAGCCCAAGGAGGCGGUCGCGCCCGAGGCCAACGAGACGGAGGUGCAGCCCGCGCCAGAGGCUUCGCGUCAUGCCUGCUCGCCGCAGGGCUCGGCCCGCAAGUUCACCAGUUCUGCAGAGAGCGGCGGCUGGUACGGCAUCGGCAUUGCCCACCACUACGCCGACUGCGCGAACGCCGCGGCGUCCAUGGGCUACAGGAACAUCGUCUGGAACAUCGGCCCGAGGUUCCGCGGUCGUUGCUACGCCUUUGUCGAAGACGUGCCCGAGAUCGCCGAGCGUAGCUGCGAGGACAACGACUGCUGGCUUUUCGGCGCGGCGUGCGGCGAGGCCACUGUCCACUGAGGAUGCCUGCCUCCUCUCUUGAGCCCCUCCCUGUCCGCAUCCUCGUCGUCGCUCCGCUGGGGCUCCUCUUUUUGUCGCCGCUGUCAGGCGUGAAAAGAGCCCCUGUGGGUUGAGAAUACAUCAGGCGUUCCGCCCUGUUAAGGCAGUCUCCGCUGGCAGCAAAGCCACUGGCGACCACACUCGUACGCCCGCUGAGUCUCGGUUUCCUCGGCGGCCUGUACAGGUUGCCGUCUUUUGCCGCCGCCUGCCCGAGCCCUGUGGGCCGCCCCUCCGUCUUCCGGCGACAGGCUUAGACGUGGACUCUUCCCUUCUCCCUUCUGCUCCCUCCUCCGCUCCUCCACCGCCUUCCUCCUCCCUGUUCUUCUUCUUCUUCUUCUUCUUCCUUCGCCGCCUCCUC